CACUGCCAUUUAAGAAGUGUUUUUGCAUUUACAGUUCAAACGGCAUUUUUUGUGCGCGUCCCUUUUUUUGUUUAAUUGAAUGCGAUGGAAACUCCACGUCGAAAGCUGCGCAAUUUGCACAUGGAGAAUGUUCAAAAUAGUAGUACCCCGAUAAACGUGCCGCCCUCACCGAUGCUAAAGACGCUGGGCCACGGAACCGGUGUCAGCGUUUAUCGCCUGGACCGUUCGCCUCGUCAUGGCCAAAUCCGCUCGCCGUGGGCCGUCAAACGGAUCACCCAACGGAUGAGGGUCAGGAAGGAUAUGAUAUUCAAUGAACGGAUUGUCCACGAGGCCGAUAUCUUACGCAAGCUUAAACAUCCAAAUAUUGUUGGCUUCCGAGGCGUUACCACCAAUAAUGAUGGCAUCAAUACAUUGGCACUGGAAAUGUGCACCACUUCACUGGGCUCCAUACUCGAGGAACGUCAUGACGAAGAUCUGGGUCCUUUGCCGGCCAAACACACCUAUAGGAUGAUCAUAGACGUGGCCAUGGCGCUGGAUUUUCUUCACAACAAAGCUCGAAUGAUGCAUGGUGACCUGAAGUCCUUUAAUGUCCUGGUCAAGGGAGAGUUUGAGAUAUGCAAAUUGUGUGAUUUUGGGGUCGCACUACCGCUGGACGAGCAAGGCGAGGUUAACUUUCUAAAGAACACCGAUCUUCGCUAUGUGGGAACUUCCCUUUGGUGCGCUCCGGAGGUCAUUGACGAAAUGGAUAUCAUUGACAGCAAGGCAGACAUAUUCAGCUUUGGACUGGUUAUCUACGAAACUCUCGCCUUGGUGCCCCCGCAUACCUUGGAACUCGAUGCAGCACUUGUCGAGGAUUUGGAAAGUUCCAGCGAUAUGCCCACUGACACGGAAAAGCUGCAGCGCAAGCAAUUGGAGUUCUCCCAUGAUGAAAAGAAGGACGAACUAGUUGCUGAAAUGGAAGAACAUACAGACAACGAUAUGAGUCAGGAUGUGGUUGACGACGAGGAGAUAGUUGACGAUAUUGAGGAUGACACCAAGGAGAACGAUAUCUGCGACUUAUCACUGAACAAUCUUCAAUCAGCUUGCGGUACACGUCCACCACUGCCAGUGGCCUUUCAACUCAGCGACGAUUACAACUGCAUCGUGGAACUGUUCUACCUUUGCACAAACACUCUGAGCGAGGAUCGUCCAAAUGCCGAGACCAUUUGGAAAUGCCUGGAGAACAAUGCCGCAAAUGUCGCAACUGGAAGCGAUUAGACUGAUGAUCAAUCUUAUCGUCCACACUUCACAAUCUUCCUGUACUUGAAAAUUACCUCUUUUUUUUAAGUUGUCUCAUUUUUGUUUUGCUCGUAUGAAUAACUAGCUGUAAUAUCUACUCUGUGAGAAGAAACAAACGACAAUUGUACGCAUGAAGAAUAGCGGUUGCAUUAUAUAUAUCCAUAUGUACUUUAUCGUUUACACUUCCUUUACUGAAAAAUCAGCUCUUGAAUGUAUUUUCUUAAGUCGUCUUAUUUUUGUUUUGCCUGUAUGACUAACUAGCUAUAAUAUCUACUCUGUGAGAAGAAACAAUGAAAGAUGACAUUUGCACGCAUACGAAAUAGCGUUCGCACUAUAAAUAUAAAUGAUUUGAUACGUUAAGUGUACAUAUUCAGAAGCCAAAUAUGAGGAAUAAAUCGAAUCCCAAACGAA